GGCAAUUGGGUUCUGUUACCCAGUACAACGUUUUUUCAUGCAGGCGACUUGGCCCACACUUGAACUCCAUCAGAAUGGAGCCAAUUCCACUGUGAAGGAGACAAUUCGUAUGAUCAGUCUCUCGCAGUGUCCUUGAGUUCCAAUGAAGGACAUAUAAAUACCUGCCCAUCACCCGCCAGAAUACUGUUUUUGCUCUCCGACUUUACUCCAAAUCAAUUCUCCUUCCAGUGCAACACACAAUCCUGCCACUAUGGUCAAGACUCUCUCCUUCGGAAAGCUCCAAGUCCCCUCUCCUGGCUUCGGUGCCAUGGGUCUUAGUCACGGCUUGGGCACAAAUCUCUCCCUUGAAGAAGCUGAACCGGUGCUUUUGAAAGCAAUUGAACUGGGAUGCACCUUCUGGGAUACUGCUAUCGUGUACCGAGCCGGCGUGAAUGAGAAGCUACUGGGAGACUUCAUCCGCAAACACGACGUCCGCGACAAGAUCUUCCUUGCCUCAAAAUGCGGACUCAACGUCUUUGGAGACGGCUCUGUUACCAACUCCGCUUCCCACAUCAAGGAAUACAUCGACGGCAGCAUUGAAAGACUGGGCUUUACUCCUGAUCUAUACUAUCUACAUCGAAUUGAUCCUAACACUCCUCUCGAAGAGUCCAUUCCAGCUCUGGAUGAAAUUCGCAGGGCAGGAAAGACAAAGUACAUUGGCCUCUCUGAGUGUUCGGCUGCAACUCUCCGCAAGGCUAGCUCACUUGCCAAGAUCGACGCUGUUCAAGCAGAGUACUCGGCCUUCGAGACCCUACACGAGACCGACGGUCUAAUUGCCACCGCCAAGGAGCUGGGCGUGACCUAUGUCGCUUACAGCCCUCUUGGCCAUGGCUGGUUGGUCGACAACUUCGACUUUAACAGCCCUGACGACUUUGCGCCGGAUGAUUUCCGUCGGAAAGUUCCGAAAUUCCAAGGCGAAAACUUCUUCAAGAACAAGGCAAUUGUGGAGGAGGUCAAGAGGAUCGCCACACGGAAGGGUUGCACAAUCAGCCAGAUCGCACUUGCUUGGGUUGCUGCGCAAGGCAUGAUUGCGAUCCCCGGGACAACAAAAGUACAUCGCUUAGAGGAGAACUGGGCCUCCCGGGACGUUGACCUGACGGAGGAGGAAAAGCAAGAGAUGCGGCGAAUUAUCGAUGCUGCAAAGCCGCAUGGGACCAGAUAUGCACCUGCGCAGCAAGCUUUGGUUGGACAUUAGUGGUUAGCUCUUCUGCGUAAAGUGUCCCUUCUGGGAGCAGUUUCCGCAAUUGGAUUCUACCGUAGAGAGAUAUGAAGC